AUGCAUCAUGUUGGAGUGGACUGGGGACAUGCACGGAUGCAGGUGUACGAUUACUUCGAUAAAUAUACAUUUUUAUGCGAGAUGUACGACGUAGAUGCCGAUGAAAUACUAGAAUUGGUUUUAAACUACUUCCCAUUUGACAACUCCGUCCAAGUACUGCACCCUCGAAGAGGGAAAAUAUUGUUGAAGCGCGUGCAGCUCCCGACUCUGAAAAUUGAAAUGUUGCAAGUUGGCAAUGUUGUGAACAUUUUUUCCAAGCUGUUGCAAAUCACAGAUUGCACACCGGCUACGAAUAAAAUUUUGUUCAAUAACGUUCAAAGCACUUUCGCGUUAAUAAAACCUAUUCCCCCUGGCAUGCAUGGAAAAAUUAUAACUUUUAUUAUGAAUAAAGGCUUUCGUAUAGUGAGGAUGAAAAAUGGCAAAAUUAGCAAAGAUUUCGCUAUGGCCCUUUACAGUAGUAUCGCUGGAAAUAACAUGAUGCCAAUAAUAAUAGAUUAUGUCACAUCCGGAGAAGUGAUAGGUUUAGAAUUGGUUGCGCCGAAUGCAGUUGAGAAAUGGCGGGAUUGUCUCGGUGCCACUGACCCUAAGCUGGCAGCUCCCGGCACCCUCCGCGCCCUCUAUGGCAAUAAUACUUUGAAAAAUAUCGCGCACGGGUGCAAAUCUGAGGCGGAAGCUAAACAGACAUUAGAUGCAUUCUUUGGAUAUGAGAAAGGAUUACCAAAAAUUCCAUUCCGCGCGACGUAUAAGAACUGUACAUGCUGCGUGAUCAAACCACACGCGUUAAUCGAUGGUAACGUGGGCGCUAUUCUAGAACAAAUCUCCACCUCUGACAAAUUCUAUAUUUCUGCUAUGGCGAUGUUUACCAUUAGAGUAUGUGAUGCAGAAGAAUUUUACGAAAUAUAUAAAGAUGUCCUGCCAGAAUACGAGUCCAUGUGUAUACAUUUAGCUGAAGGAAAGUGCAUCGCAUUAGAAGUGAAAUGCAACGAUCCUACCUUGAAUGUUGUUUGUGAAUUUAGAAAACUGUGUGGACCAAGAGACCCAGACCUAGGUCGCCAAUUGUACCCAAACUGCAUAAGAGCCCUCUAUGGGAAGGACAUCAUUCACAAUGCAGUGCACUGCACUGAUCUGCCAGAAGAUGGAGAAUUAGAAGUGGAAUAUUUCUUUAAACUGUUGGCUAACGAGUAGUUUACUUUGUAUUAUUCUGAAAUAGGUAUUAUUAGUCUUUAAAAAAAAAUACAUCUUGUUAGUUAAUUCACUCUUAGCUACUUGUGUGUAAUAAUUUCUUAUAUCAUUGUAAUAAAUAUUUUGUUUUAAUUUACUUACAAUAAAUGUUGUUAAUUUUUGUUUGCUA